GCGAAGUCGAAGUGAUGGCCAUGACUUGAAGAAGUCGCCAUUGGUGGUGGCAUCGAAAUCGCCGAUUGCAUCUCCGCUGCUGCAGCCGGUUGACGAGACUCGCCAGGCAAUGCCCAUAGACGAUGUGGACUUUGAGAUGCUAGAGGAUGCUGCUGAGGUAGAGGGGGACUCUCCCACUGUGGCCGCAACUCGGAAGAGGACGGCCUCCAACGGCGAGUCUGUAGCUCAGGUGGCAGCCAACAUGGGCAAUGAGCCAGCGUACGUUGUGCCGACCACGCCAUCACCGUUUUUGAGUUCCUCCUUUCCACCGCAGGUACCCGACUUUGGGUAUGGAUAUGGGAUGGAAAUGGGCCUGCCUCCAGCCUAUGAUGGCGAGGAUCAGGUCGACUACAAUGAAGUGGCAGCCAUGAAUGCCGGAUUCAUGCAGGGAAUGCAGGGCUUCCUCACUCCAGAGAUGUGCCCAGAGACCUUCAUGCAAGGGAUGUUCAUGCCGUACUGGCAACAGAUGGGCAUGGAUGGGCAGAUGCCAUGCAUGGACGGGCAAGCCAUGAUGACUCCGGAGCUGCAGGAACAGUUGCAGAAGGCUGCCCAGAUGCAGGAGGAGUAUCAGCAGGAGCAGUUGGCCCAGGUGGAGCCUCCACAGUCACAGCAGGAGGAGCCAGCUCCAGCCCAGCAAGAGGUGGAGAAGGAGACGAAGGAGGAGAAGGAGGCAUCAGCGGCACCUGCUACCAAUGGCGAGAGCCGUCGUUCCAGCCGCGAAGAUGCCAAGUGGAAGGAUUGGAAGGAUAGCUCCUGGCAUGACUGGCAGGAAAGCUCAAGCAAGAAAGACCAUGAUUGGAAAGAGCAUGAUUGGAAGGAUCAUGCUUGGAAAGACAACGAUUGGAAAGAUGAUUGGCGGCGAGGUGGAGAUGAUGCAUACUGGAAGGAGGCAUCUGACACUGGCAGCCGCCGAGGGAGCAAAGGCAAAAGCAAGGGUAAGGAGCAAAGGGGAUGGGAGGAAGACAGAAGCGGAAAAGACGCAGAGUGGGCCCAGGCUGGCACCUCCAGCAGAAACAAGGCACCGCCAGAGGAGCCCCGACAAAGUGCAGGUGCUGACCCCUCCACAAAGGAGAAGAAAAUUCCGCCGAUUCCAUACGAGCGCCCUGAAGGCAACGAGCCAUACACCACAGUUAUGCUCCGAAAUAUACCAAACAAGUACACCAGGGAAAUGCUCAUCAAGCAGCUCAGCCUCGAAUUCACCGGUGAGUUUGACUUCAUGUACCUUCCCAUUGAUUUCAAAAACAAGUGCAACGUGGGGUAUGGCUUCAUUAACUUCCGCACCCAGGAUUCCUGUGAGAGGUUCAUUGGGCUGUUUCACGGUGUGGACGUCCGGAAGUGCCUACCUGGCCUCAACUCCAAGAAGGUAGUGGAGGUGACCCCGGCGCGCGUGCAGGGCCUCACUGAAAACGUCCGCCGAUUGCGCAAUAGCCCUGUCAUGAACCAGCUCCAAGACCACCCAGAAUGGAUGCCGCUGCUGUUCGACGAAAAUGGCAUUGACCAGCCAUUCCCCCUGCCUGACCAGCCGCUGCCACCCGUAAAGCCUCGCGGCCGAAAUCGUGAGGCAGCCGCUCCCAGCUAA